CUAAGAAGACAGUCGUAAGGUCGCUACAACACACUGCUUUUGGCAGGCAGCUCGUCAAGUUUUGUAUUUUAUUUUCGCUUCACACGAUUCAAACUUUGAAUUCCAACAUAGUCCGUGUAUUUAAUUAAAUAUACACUAUAAAAAGUUUACCAAAUUCAAUUUGAUUUCCGUCGAUUGUAAAACGAAUUCCGAAGAAAAAUGUUGCGAACGAUUGUUGCACGAAACGAAAAUCUUCUCCGUGGCUCAGUGAAAAAGGCCAUCAAAUUGAAUACGGUUCGUGGUCUAAGCUACCGAUGUGUCGAACGACUUUCAGCACACAGAACUGCUUCAGGGAUAAGUCAAAGUCGAAAUCUGCAGCCAUCAGUAUGGAAGGUCGAUUUUUGCCGUGGCUAUUGCAGCAAUCUUCCAUCACAUACCAGAGUUACAUUGCCAGCAUUGUCACCAACCAUGGAAGCAGGCACAAUUGUGAGCUGGGAGAAAAAAGAAGGCGACAAAUUGAACGAAGGUGAUUUGUUGGCGGAAAUCGAAACGGACAAAGCGACCAUGGGAUUUGAAACACCGGAAGAAGGAUACUUGGCCAAAAUUAUAAUACAAGCCGGCGAAAAGGAUGUACCAAUUGGUAAACUGGUGUGCAUCAUUGUUGAAAACGAAGACGAUGUCGCUGCAUUCAAAGACUUCAAAGACACCGGUGCCCCUGCUGCAAAACCAGCCGCUGCCACCCCACCACCGGCCGCUGCUGCUCCACCAACACCAACUCCACCACCAGUUGCGGCUGCACCACCAACACCACAAGCCCCACGACCAAUGACCGCUGUCGAACAACGUGGCCCACGAGUCUAUGCUAGUCCAAUGGCAAAACGUCUGGCCGAAGCACAACAAUUGCGAUUGGAAGGCCAAGGAAGCGGCGCUUACGGAUCAAUUACAAGCAAAGAUCUUGACUCAUUGUCAAGCGGAGCGGCUGCACCAGCACCGGUUUCAAUGCCAGCGGGUGCUGCCUAUGUCGAUAUCCCAGUAUCAAAUACACGCGCUAUCAUUGCCAAACGUUUGUUGGAAUCGAAAGUCACAAUUCCACAUUACUACUUGACCGUUGAUGUUAAUGUGGACAAACUAUCAAAACUUCGCGCAGAAUUCAACAAACAAUUGGAAAAGGAAGGUGUUAAAUUGUCAUUCAAUGACUUUGUUAUUAAGGCUACCGCUUUGGCAUCAAAGAAAGUGCCAGAAGCCAACUCAUCAUGGCACGGAAGCUUCAUUCGACAAUACGAUUCCGUCGAUUGUUCAGUUGCUGUUGCAACUGAUAAGGGUUUGAUUACACCAAUUAUUGCUCAAGCCGAUCGCAAGGGAUUAGUUGAUAUUAACAAAUCGAUAAAAGAUUUGGCUGCCAGAGCCCGUGAAGGAAAAUUGCAACCUCAUGAGUUCCAAGGCGGUACCAUCACGGUAUCAAACCUCGGAAUGUUCGGCGUUACACACUUCUGCGCUGUCAUCAAUCCACCACAAUCGUGUAUUUUGGCCGUUGGUGGAACACAACAAAGAAUUGUACCAGACAAAGAUUCGGAGAAAGGAUUCAAACAAAACGACUUUAUUUCAGUUACAUUAAGCUGUGAUCAUCGCACAGUCGAUGGUGCUGUCGGUGCUCGUUGGUUGCAAUGGUUCCAAAAAUUCUUGGAAAACCCACACUCGAUGCUUUUAUAAAUGCGCGACGUAAAUAUUGACAUUUUAAUGUAAAAUAAAUACACGAAAAAAAUAAACACAAAACCAAACUGAUCGUUCGAAAAAUAAAUAUUUAUUGUAUUUAAUUUUUGAUCACGGUCAAUUAGCCAAUUAAAUUAAAACCAGACGCAUAUGGUAUAAUUCAUCUGUUACCGAAUCUUUGAGCAUCGCUUCAAUAUAUCUUGUGUAAAUAAAAAGAAAUAGGCAAUUACGUAAUUGAUGUAUAUUAACAACGAAAACAUUUUUUUGUUUUGACAUCGAUGUUUCGCUGUCGCAAAAUUCAAGAAUUAUAUUUAUUGUUUGUUGUACAA